AUGGCAACACUCCUCUCCCGCCCCCUCCUCUACACCUGCGCCGCCGUACCCCUCGGAGUCGGUCUCUCCCUCCUCCACCCCUCCUCACCACUCUGUCUACCACGCCUCCAAUGCCAAUACGUCGCGCCCGUGUACAGUCCCAAAGCCUUCCCGGAAACCGGCUGGGCGAUGCCGGUUGAUCGUGACCCCAUCGCCGUGAAGCAAGGCCGGACAACAACAGCAACAGCAGAAAAAGAAAGUGACAAAAGAGGAGCAGGAGGCAUCCUCACCGCAUCGAUGAUGCGCCAGAUCAGUCUGGGGAGUGUCCUCGGAUUAGCAGUCGGACUGGGACUGCGGGUGUUGUCCAAGGCAUUAGUGUUUUGCUUUGGUGUGGGUGUUGUUAUUGUUGAGUGGGCUGCAUCCAAAGGAUACUAUCUCUUCCCCGUCCACCGUCUGCAAAAAUACGUCAAGAGCGUCGACCUCCAGCGCGUCCUGACGGAGAAUAUCGCCUUCAAGACGAGUUUCGGUACGACUAUGGCCAUGGCGGCGUUUGCGCAGUUUUGA